AUGCCAGCCGCCCCAGGGACACCUGCCACCGGCGGGGGUGCCUCCCCGGGAGGGGCACUGUCCCCGACGUGUCCAGGGGACCGCGGGCGGCCCGGCUGCUGCCUGCUGCCCGCCUUGCGACCAGCGCGGGAGGGGGCCGGGGGCCUGGGGCCUGGGGGCUGCGGGGACGGCGAGGAGGGGAAGACUGCGAGUGGAGCCCCUCUCCUGGGCCCGGGGCGCCCCGCGGGCGCGGCGGGAUGGGCCACGCCGUCGGGCCUGGCGGCUGUUUCUGCGCUGUCAUCAGCCUCAGCGCUCAGCUGUCCGGGGCCCCAGGGUGCUGCCGAGCUGAGCGAGGAGUCCCGCCAGGCGCCCCCCAGCGCCCCCUGGCUCGUCCUGCUCCACAGCCGCACUCCCACCAUCCUGGGCAGACUGUCCCCCGAGGCUGAGGGGCAGGCUGGGAAAGGGCGGGGGCAACAGGCCGAGCCUGGGGUGCUGCGGGCCGGGGGCACAGGGAGGAGGGACAGGCCACCCCUGCUCUGGUGUCCCAAGGGCCUGCAAGUAGUGCCCUGGCCCCAGCAAGUGGCCGCCCAGCUGCCCCUGGCUCCCAGAGCCCCCUCCGUGCCCCCACUGCCGUCCACCCCCCACCCCGGGCAGUACUGCCCACUCCUUUCUUCCCCCACGGUGCCCUUCCGUGUGCAUGCCCAGGUUCCGGCCUGCGUGGGUGUGGGCGUGGUGGGGGGAAGCCCAGGGGGCUGUGACGCUGCCCCCUCCGCAGCCCAGACGGCCACACACCAUACUGCCUCCCUGAAGCUUGAGGCCCGGAGGAUGGGGGGCGGGGGCGCCCAGAGAUCCCAGGGCCCAGGCCCUGGAGGGUGUGCAGAGCGCUGGGGCUCCCCGGGGAGCCAGCCCACCUCCUCUGCUGCCGGCACCUGGGAUUCUGGUUACCGCAGGGUAGUGGGGCCUGGGCCCCCCGGCAGGACACCACGCGGACGGCGGGGCGGGCCGAGGCUCGUGUGCUGGACGCCCGGCCGCACGUGCACCCGGGAGCGGGAGCUGAGCCCUGCGAGAGCCCAGACUCCGUGCUCCGGGGAAGCUCUUGGGGACCUGGUGGUCAAGGGCGUGGGGGGAAAGUCCCCCGAGACUGACUGGACGGCAGAUGGCCGCAGGGUCCGUCCCCAUUCGCCGCUCCAGGCGGUACCGACGGCUUCAUGGGACAGCAGCUUGACGCCUCCCAAGGAGCGUGUCGCGUGCCAGACGCUGCGGACGCAGCUCCAGAAGCCCCCGUCGCCCUCAGCUGCGGAGGGAGAGGCCAGGGAGCUGAAGACACCUUCCCCAGGCGACCUCUGCUGCGGCGGGCAGGCCCCGGGGUGGGGGCCCGUGUCCUCCCGUCUGCGGGGCAACCCCCGCACACAGCCCGCCAGUCCUGGUGCUGCCGCGGCCUCCACACGGUGCCGGUUCCGUCGGACUCACCAGCUGAGGCCCCGCCAGGUGCCCUCCGGGCUCGGGCAGCGGGCAGGGGUCCCCCGCGGGAUGACAGGGCCGCCCAGCUGUGGCUGGCUCCUGUCUGGGCCUCCGGACCCUCCGCUUGUCGGCCGUGGGUCUGUUGCCCUUGAUCUGCUGGUGCCCCGGAGCCGCCAGUGGCGGGUCCUCUGGCUCCUCAUCGGGCCCGACCCGGACCCUCCCCUGGAGAGCUAG